CCAAAGAAAUUUGACCCAGCAUAAAGUAGAAGGCGGCUACCUGAGAGUUUCAUUCCAAGAAAUAAAUGCAUUCACAUGGUAAGAAUUGAAAUGAGCACAAAUAGAUAUGAGAGUGCUUGGUCUUGUGUGAAUUCAUAAAAGAAAUCAGCUGUUGCGGAGCCAUGGCUGUACGGUCCUUUGAACAGCUUCUUAGCUUUCUUGUGCUUUUGCUGCUAUGUGUCAAACCUGGCCUUGGAACCACUCUGGAGAAAGUUGGGUGCAUAGAGGGGGAGAGACAAGCUCUCCUUAAGUUCAAACGUGGCCUCGUUGAUGAUUAUGGCCUUCUUUCCUUGUGGGGAGAUGAACAAGAUAAAAGAGAUUGUUGCCGAUGGAGAGGAGUUCGGUGUAAUAAUCGAUCAGGUCACGUCAUCAUGCUUCGUCUUCCUGCCCCGCCGAUCGAUGAAUACGGUAAUUACCAGUCUCUAAGAGGUGAGAUAAGUCCUUCAUUGCUUGAAUUGGAGCACUUGAAUCAUUUGGAUCUCAGCUAUAAUGAUUUUGAAGGCAAGCAAAUACCUUCAUUCCUUGGUUCUCUCAGCAAAAUGCAGUACCUCAAUCUCUCUUAUGCCAAAUUCGCUAAAACUAUUCCCACUCAACUCGGAAAUCUUUCCAACUUGCUUUCCCUUGACCUCAGCGGUAGUUAUUAUGAGUUGAAUUCUGGGAACCUGGAGUGGCUUUCUCAUCUUUCGUCUUUAAGAUUCCUUGACUUGAGUCUGGUUGAUCUUGGUGCAGCCAUCCACUGGUCACAAGCAAUCAAUAAACUCCCUUCUCUCGUUCACUUAAACUUAUAUGGUUGUGGCCUCCCUCCCUUCACCACUGGGUCUCUUUUCCAUGCUAAUUCCUCUGCCCCUCUUGUUUUCCUUGAUCUUUCCAACAAUUAUCUUAUCAAUUCUUCAAUAUACCCAUGGUUGUUCAACUUCAGUACCACCCUUGUUCAUCUGGAUCUCUCUAGCAAUGAUCUAAAUGGUUCGAUUCCCGAUGCUUUUGGGAACAUGAUUUCUCUUGCAUAUCUCAACCUCAGAGACUGUGCAUUUGAAGGUGAGAUUCCGUUUGCAUUUGGGGGCAUGAGUGCCCUUGAAUAUCUUGAUAUCUCUGGACAUGGACUUCAUGGUGAGAUUCCAGACACAUUUGGGAACAUGACUUCUCUUGCAUAUCUUGCUCUCUCUUCCAAUCAACUUCAAGGAGGGAUUCCGGACGCAGUUGGAGACCUAGCUUCUCUUACAUAUCUUGAACUCUUUGGCAAUCAACUUAAAGCUCUUCCCAAGACAUUUGGUAGAAGCCUUGUUCAUGUUGAUAUCUCCUCCAAUCAAAUGAAGGGUUCAAUUCCAGACACAUUUGGUAACAUGGUUUCUCUUGAAGAACUCUUUCUCUCACACAAUCAACUUGAAGGUGAGAUUCCAAAAUCCUUUGGUAGAAGCCUUGUUAUUCUUGAUCUCUCAUCGAAUCGACUACAGGGCUCAAUUCCAGAUACAGUUGGGGACAUGGUUUCUCUUGAAAGGCUCUCUCUCUCUCUGAAUCAACUCCAAGGUGAGAUUCCAAAAUCCUUCAGUAAUUUAUGUAAUCUGCAAGAAGUAGAGUUGGAUAGCAACAAUCUCACUGGACAACUUCCACAAGACUUGUUGGCUUGCGCAAAUGGUACAUUACGGACUUUGUCUUUGUCUGAUAAUCGGUUCAGAGGAUUAGUUCCUCAUCUUAUUGGAUUUUCAUUCUUGGAAAGGUUAUAUCUUGAUUAUAAUCAACUAAAUGGAACUUUACCUGAAAGUAUUGGGCAACUAGCCAAGCUUACUUGGUUUGAUAUUGGUUCAAAUUCAUUGCAAGGUGUCAUCUCUGAAGCUCAUUUCUUUAAUCUAUCCAACUUGUAUCGUUUAGACUUAUCUUACAACUCUCUCACUUUCAACAUGAGCUUGGAGUGGGUCCCUCCAUCUCAAUUGGGUUCUCUACAAUUAGCCUCCUGCAAAUUGGGACCUCGUUUUCCUAGCUGGCUGCAAACUCAAAAGCAUUUGACAGAGCUUGAUCUCUCCAAUUCUGACAUUUCAGAUGUCCUCCCAGACUGGUUUUGGAAUUUAACUUCCAAUAUCAAUACCUUAAAUAUUUCCAACAAUCAGAUCAGAGGGGUCUUACCCAAUUUAUCAUCACAAUUUGGUACUUAUCCUGACAUUGAUAUAAGCUCAAACAGUUUUGAGGGUUCAAUACCACAACUUCCUUCUACUGUGACAAGGUUGGAUCUUUCCAAUAACAAGUUAUCAGGGUCCAUUUCUUUGUUGUGUAUAGUUGCUAAUUCGUAUUUGGUCUAUCUUGACCUCUCAAACAACUCAUUAACAGGGGCCCUGCCCAAUUGUUGGCCACAGUGGGCAAGUUUGGUAGUCCUUAAUUUGGAAAAUAAUAAAUUUUCUGGGAAGAUUCCAAAUUCAUUGGGCUCUUUGCAAUUGAUUCAAACAUUGCAUUUGCGCAGCAACAAUUUAACUGGAGAAUUGCCUUCAUCUUUGAAGAAUUGUACAAGUUUAAGGCUUAUUGAUUUGGGAAAAAAUAGGUUAUCAGGGAAAAUCCCUCUAUGGAUAGGAGGAAGCCUUCCAAAUUUGACUAUUCUAAGCCUACGAUCUAAUCGAUUCAGUGGAAGUAUAUGUUCAGAGCUAUGUCAAUUGAAAAAAAUUCAGAUAUUAGACCUCUCAAGUAAUGAUAUAUCAGGUGUUAUACCAAGAUGCCUUAAUAAUUUCACUGCCAUGACUAAGAAAGGGAGUUUGGUUGUUGCUCAUAAUUAUUCAUUUGGGUCUUUUGCUUAUAAAGACCCACUAAAGUUUAAGAAUGAGUCCUACGUUGAUGAGGCAUUGAUUAAAUGGAAAGGAAGUGAAUUUGAGUAUAAGAAUACUCUUGGACUUAUAAGGAGUAUUGAUCUUUCAAGAAACAAUCUAUUGGGGGAGAUUCCAAAAGAGAUUACUGAUCUUCUUGAGUUAGUUUCAUUAAACUUAUCAAGAAACAAUUUGACUGGACUGAUCCCUACAACAAUUGGUCAAUUGAAGUCAUUAGAGAUUCUUGAUUUGUCUCAAAAUGAACUUUUUGGAGAAAUUCCAACUAGCCUUUCGGAAAUAAGUCUUCUUAGUGUCUUAGAUCUCUCUAACAAUAACUUAUCUGGUAAAAUUCCGAAAGGUACUCAACUUCAAAGCUUCAAUUCUUACUCUUAUAAGGGAAAUCCUACACUUUGUGGACUACCCCUUUUGAAAAAGUGUCCAGAAGAUGAAAUGAAGCAAGAUUCUCCCACUCGUAGCAUUGAAGACAAAAUUCAGCAAGAUGGAAAUGACAUGUGGUUUUAUAUUAGCAUUGCUCUUGGAUUCAUUGUUGGAUUUUGGGGAGUGUGUGGAACUUUACUACUCAACAACUCAUUGAGAUAUGCCUAUUUCCACUUCUUGAAUAAAAUCAAAGAUUGGUUUUAUGUGACGAUAGCAAUAAAUAUGGCCAAAGUAAGAAGAAGCCUCCAAAGCUAAAUGGAUCUCAACUCCUUUUUCUUCUCAUAUUAGCUUGUUGUGGUGUAUUAUCUAAUGUGGGAUAGAUGCAUGUUUGAAUGCAAAUGCCUUUGUCCUUUCAAGUUCUUCUAUAAUUGAUUUUGGGAUUUAAUAGGUUUCUUGCUUUAUUUUUUAUGAUUGUUUAUAUUCUUAAGAUGAUUGUUUUAUCUUUUA